GAUAUUUUUAUUUAGUAAAACAAUAAAUAACAAAUUAUUAGCAUUGAAUCUUUUAUUAUAUUAACUAAAACAAAUUGAAAAUUAAAUUAUUCCAUGAAUUUCCAGUUAUUGUUUUCAACACCAUUUCAUCAGUGAAAUACAUGUAGAAAGAAAAUAUACAGUUUCAGCUACAGUAUGAAUAACAACUUUUAGGAUUACGAUUCCACUUUUAAUUCUAUAAUCUGGAGCACCUGAGAUCACUCACUGUUUUUGGUGUGGUUUGUGUUGCUCAGUCUUUAGUUUUCUAUGAUAGUUUUUUGUAUUGUUGUUUGUCUUUUUCUUUAAGCUACUGUAAUGGUGUUGUCAGUUUAUUUUCAUCUUAUGAGUUUGAAUGACCCAUCCUUAGCCUCUCUACUAAUCCAGUACGUUUGUUUAUCUGUAGGUUUCAACUUUGUUUGCUGGAAUUAAGAAUGUAGGUGAAGCAGAUGCAGAGAAUAUUUCUUCCAACAUAUAUAAACAACUAACAGAGAGAUUUGGGGACAGCUGGAAAACCAAGAUUAUUGCCAUGGGGACAGACGGUGCAUCAGUGAUGAUUGGGAAGAAAUCAGGGGUAGUUAAAAGGAUGAAGGAUCUCACAAAUAGGCCAAUACAUGGCAUCCACUGCUUGGCACACAGGUUAGAGCUUGCAUAUAAGGAUGCAGUAAAAGAUGUUAAGAUCUACCAGAAAUGUGAUAUUCUACUUCUGAACUUAUACUUGUUUUAUAAAUACAGUCCCUUAAACAGAGCAAACCUGAGAAUUAGUUUCAACUCACUUGGCCUACCAUUUUUAGUGCCAUUAAGAGUUGGAGGUACUCGAUGGCUACCUCAUACCCAAAGGGCUAUCAGUAAUCUUCUCACUGGAUAUGAACCAUUAGUGCAGCAUCUUGAACAGGAUUGUACUUACAUGAAGUGACUGAUCCAA